AUGGGAGAUGCCUGCCAGAAGCUUGUGGUUGCAGCCGCAGCCGGGAACUUGGAACAGGUGGAGCGGCUAAUCUUGAAGGAGCUUGCCGAUGUAGAAGCCAAGGAUGACGAUGGGCAGACGGCACUGAUUGCUGCUGCACGUGCUGGCCGACUGAAGGUGAUACAGAGGCUGUUGGAGUUGCGAAGCGGCAUUGUGCUGAACGCUAUGGAUGCCAGUGGCCGCACAGCCUUGGACCAUGCCGUUGAGAAUGGCCACGAAGAGGUGGUUUCAUUCAUGACGGCGGAUGUGAGCCUGCUGAACUUUAGUCGAGGGAUUAUGCCAGCAGUACAUCGCGGCGAUGGGAAAGUCAUGAAGGACAUACUUGAAGCUGCUUUGCCUGCUGACGGACAAGCAUGGCCUUCAUGGGCCGACGUGAACAUGCGUGACAGUCGUGGUGCGCCUUUGCUGCAUGCAGCGGUCAAAUCAAAAUUGCCAGGCCUCUUGGCGGAUCUGCUGCGACAGCCUGGUUUGGAAAUCAAUCAUCAAGAUCGCUAUGGCCGGACUGCAAUGGACAUUGCAGUCUCCAGCGGUCAAGAGGAGAUGGCUUUCCUGCUCAAGAAGAAAGGUGGCAAGUCAAGCGAUGACCUGGAAGACUAG